GGGGCGCCACGGCGGUGGUGUACGAGGCGCACGACCUCAAGGACCAGACGACGGUGGCGCUCAAGGUGGGCCCUUGGACGCGCGCGGCCCUUUCUGAGCCGGCCCAAAUUGCUGCGGCUGACCCGCAGAUGGCCCGGCUGCGGUGGACAACAGGUCAUCAACGCCACUGGCGGGCAGAUGUCGGUGCCCCUGAAGAUAGUGAAGCGAGAGGUGGGUGCUCCCAGGCGCGCGGGCUUUGGCUCCAGCAGCGUGGGGUGGCGAAGGUGGCUGGGCUCGGAGCCCGGGAGCCUGGCAAGCGAUUUGGGAACGGACUGCAGAUGCGCGACGCAUUUGCGCUGCCGCCUCUUCCGGCCUGCGUCCGAGCCCUGUGCGCCAGUGGCGCACGCUGCCUGGCUGAGGGGAUUCUUAGGAUUGCCGACCGACAUGUGAGGAAUCUUCAGUGGGGUUUGCGCUCGUUUCGAGCCUGA